AAUGCGUUUCUCCUCUGCAAUUGUCCUCGCCGUCAUGACUACUUUAGCAUCAUCAAUCUCUGCCAUGCCUCUUACCAGUGACACGGAUAGCACCGAUCAUUGUGCCAGGGCUUGCAUUUCGGACUCACAAUGCAACAGCGAUCAAUGCACUUUUAAUCAAUGCGCGAACCUUUUUCGUCUGCACAGUGAGUCAAGUUUCUGCUUUCACAUUGGUGCAGUAUGGCUGUUGACACUGACAUGCGAGUUACUAGGCAGAUCAGUCUACAGCGCAGCCUCACACUAUAUUGUCGAGUGUUGUUGAUCCCUGGCAAAAUAAGACGAUUGUUUCGGCAAGCCAAGUACACG